AUGUUUAAGAAAGACCUCACCCCUGGCGCGAAGUCCAAAGUCAAGUCCUCCGUCCAACGCGCAAUCCGCACCAAAGUCGUCGAGACCUACCCCAAACUCGCACCCUACAUCGAUGAAAUAAUACCCAAGAAGAGCCAACUGGACCUGGUCAAACUACCCGACCGCGUCUCCCUCUACAUUCUCGAUUCCACCCCCCUCUUCUGGCAACACAUGGACGACCCACUGAUCCCACACCUCAAACUCGUACAUGCCUUCCCCCAAGCCUUCCCCCGUCUCCGCAUCGAUCGCGGCGCCAUCCGCUUCGUGCUCUCGGGCGCUACGCUCAUGGCUCCCGGUUUGACGAGUAAGGGUGGGAGAUUGCCGGACAAGGAGGACGAGUGCAAGGAGGGGGAUGUGGUGGCGAUUGAGGCGGAGGGCAAGGAGGAGAUCUGUAUGGUGGGACAAUUGAAGAUGGGCACGGAGCAGAUGAAGGGGAUGGGGAAAGGCGUGGUAAUGGAUGGCGGGCAUUAUUUGGGGGAUGGGCUGUGGAAGAUGAAUUUCGAUUGA